GACGAUUUGAAUUCGAGCGCCCUUCGCGCCAUUCGUUACGGCAGAUGCACGAAGGUCAAAAGUAUUUUAAAAAUAAGGCCGUAGGCAUUGGCAGAUUGGUAUGGCAGUGGACGUUAAGGGUCGGAUGGCGUUGUAAUGGCAAAAAGUUUGCGAAAGGGUCGGGAUUGGAGAUAGACAAGAUGGACCAGCAGUAUUGCCUACGGUGGAACAAUCACCCAGCCAACCUUACUGACGUUCUCAGUUCACUGCUUGCCAGAGAGGCACUUUGUGAUGUUACCUUGGCAUGUGUUGGAGAAACUUUUAAGGCACACCAGACGAUACUCUCUGCAUGUAGUCCAUACUUUGAGACUAUUUUCCUCCAGAAUACCCAUCCUCAUCCAAUUAUAUUCCUGAAGGAUGUCAACGAUACAGAAAUGAAAGCAUUGCUGCACUUUAUGUAUAAGGGAGAAGUAAAUGUUAGUCAGCAUCUAUUACCGAUGUUCCUCAAAACAGCAGAGGCAUUACAAAUCAGAGGCCUCACAGAUAAUAGUGUAAAUAAUAAGACAGGAGAAAAAAGUCCGUCGCCAGAGCCAGAAGCACAAACCGGUGGCAGGCACACCGAUUCGCCUAAUCUCCAAUCACAUCCUGAAAAGAGGAAAAGAAAAUUUUCUGGCAGCUAUGAUGUUUCUCUUACUGGGCCUCCUAGCGAAAGAUUCAUGUCUGAUUCACAGGCAUCUUCGCAAUGUAAUUAUAAAUCAAGUCCACCUGUUAUUCCAAAGGUAAAUAAUGCCCUGGGAACAGAAUUAGAGGAUGGUGGUCGACCUAUGUCUCCUGCAUCUCAACCACAAGCUCCUAUCAAGCAAGAAUUAGACCACCACUUAUCUGAUUUCCAUGACAAUAUCUCCCUCCCAGGUCAUACGGUUGGACUAUUAGGAGACGAUGGCGGACCUACGGCGGGGGCUCUAAGUGAUGGGGUAUCUGGAAUUGAAUCGUCUGAACACCAUAAUCCUCCUGAAAUGCUCGAUGGACUUGAUGGUUCAAAAGCCUGGCACAUGCGGCUGACCUUUGACCGGGUGCCAGGCGGCUGCAACCUUCACAGGUGCAAGCUGUGCGGCAAGGUCGUGACGCACAUCAGGAACCACUACCACGUCCACUUCCCCGGCAGGUUUGAGUGUCCUCUCUGUCGUGCCACGUACACACGUAGCGAUAACCUGCGCACGCACUUUAAAUUCAAACACCCCGAGGCAAGAAAGAUCGAUCUUAACGAUUUCAUGGCCAACUCGUUGGCGCUAUCAGCGACGAGUAACGAUACCAUGAACACACUAUCCUAAAAGCGCGAGAAUUUUAAAAUACAUCUUACAUGUAUAUGUGUGUGUGUGUAUAUAUAUAUAUAUAUAUAUAUAUAUAUAUAUUUAUGUACAUAUAUAUGUAUGUAUAUAUGCACAUAUAUAUAUAUAUAUAUGUAUAUAUGUAUAUGUAUAUGUAUAUGUAUAUAUAUAUAUAUAUACAUACACGCACAGAGAUACGCGAACCGAUUUACAUAACAUACCUUCUAACAAUUUGUUUGCUACUUCCUCGUUAAAUGAUAUAUGGGCGGGCGCGUAAGAAUAAGUGAUGAUCGACCACGCAUACUCACGCGUCGCUGCUGCACACGCAUAUCUAUAUAUAUAUAUAUAUUAUAUACACACAUUUAUACGUGAAGAGCGCGUUGUUCUACCUUAGGAUAUAUAUAUAUAUAUGUAUAUAUAUAUGCGUGCGUGUGCGUGCUUAUGUAUGUGUGUAUAUAAUAUAUAUAUAUAUAUAUACAUAUAUAAGCAACAUCGUUGAUAUAAAGAGCCUGAUUUUAUAUAUAUAUAUAUAUAUAUAUAUAUAUAUAUAUAUAUAUAAGGGAUGCAGAAAGAUAUGGCCACACGGAGGAACGACCACGCGGCGGAGGCCGUUCUCUCUCUCGGCUUCUUGUUUUUUAUUUUUAAUUUUUUUUUUUUUUAACUUUUCUUUUGUUUUUAUUUCUUUUUUUUUUCCUUUUUUUUUCUUAUCUUCUUCUUUUUUUUUUUCUUCUUCUUCUAAUUUUUUUCUUCGUCGAAACACCAAAUCUUUUCUUGUAAGUUCUAUGCUUGAGCUUCCCUCAGGUUUGUUGUGGGCCUACCUUCGCUAAAAUCUGUCAAUGCGAGUGAAAGGGUUAGGCCCUUAAAUAGGUGAUUGGGGUUUAGAUUUUUUUCCUCGAAUGUGAUGAUAAUAUGUUAUUAAAGGGGGAAUGAAUUAACUCGCAUUCGCGAUUUAUCGUAUAAACACUUGAUUGUCAUUCGUCGUCAUCGUCGUCGUCGUCCAUCUUUCUCUCGUUUGUCGUGCUAGUAAAAGAAAAUGAUGAAAAGAAAAGAAGGGAAGGGGAAAGAAAGGAAAAAAAAAAAAACAAAUCAAACAGAACGAAAGAAAGUAAAUGCGGAGAAAGAGAGAGGAUAUCGGCAAACGAUGAUGACGUACGUAAACAAAAAAAAACAAACAAAAAAAAAAUAAAAAAAAAAGGAAGGAAAAAGAAAGGGCCAAAAAGAAAAAAAAAGAGAGAGAGAGAGAGAGAGAGAGAGAGAGAAAGGGACAACGAUUAAGAAAAGUUAGUCCAGAAGAAAAUUUACAUACAUACAUACAUAUAUACAUACGUAUAUACGGUACAUAUACAUAUACGUAUAUACUUCUUUUUUUUUGGCAACGAUAUUACGAUAUUAUCAAUACGCGCAAGCUGUCCUUAAGCCGAACGAGCAAGAAUUUUCAUUUGCUCGAGAAAAGUUUUGUUUUUGUGAAUUCAAGAAAAUACGAUUCGUCCAACCAUCCUCCCUCUCUACCUCCCAUCCUUCAAUCGCUCUCAUUUUCCCUUUUCCCCUUCCCUCUCCCUUCUCCUCCUCCUCCUCCUCCUCCUCCUCCUCUUCUUCUAUCUUUUCAAAUCUCGAUAAAACACAUUUCAUUCCCCGUCCACAGAUUUAUUCGCUCAUUCUCACCUCGUUCGUUUUCAAAAAGCGCAUAGACAGCGUCGUGUCUUUUUAAGGCGCUGGUCGCUUUUCUUAACUUUAAAUUCCGAUGGUGUUUAAUUAUCGCGCUUUUUAAAUACGAACACGGCGGCGAAUCGAGCCAAAGAUUAAUAUUGAUCGUUAUUUGUGUUCCUCGUGUUCCUCCUCUCCUCCUCCUCCUCCGCCCCCCCCCCCUC